AUGCCUCCUUCUCAACUCAAGCGGCUCAAAACGUCGCUCCGAGAAGCGGGCAUCACUGGUCCCCCGAAAUCGAAGAAGCAAAAGCGAGAUUCCAAAGGGAAUAACGACCGCAUAGAGAAGCAGGCCAAGCUGCAACAUCUUCGCGACUCUUUCAAUCCUUUCGAACUACGCGCGCCCUCCUCCCGACCCGAGAAGCACCAGCAUACAGCCAACGGUGCGAGCAAUGGAAAGCUCAGUUACAGAGAUGUGCUGCAUCGGCCCGGUGUCGCCAAAAGCGUGGGCGAAGAGAUGCGAAGAGCCAAGCUUCUGCCGGAGAUGCAAAGGCGUAAUAAAGUUGGAGGGCUGGUGGACCGGAGAAUCGGCGAAGGAGAUGCCAUGAUGACCGCUGAGGAAAGAGCAGAGGAGAGAUUCGCGGCUGGGUUUGUAAAGAAGGGAAAGGCGAAAACCUUGUUUGAUCUUGAGGACAGCGAUGAUGAGGGUGUCGGACUCACACACGGUGGGAAGAAUGUGGACGACCUUCCUGCAGAUGACUUCAACGAGGACGUGGAGGUCAGCGAUGAGGAUGGAGAGCUCAUGCGACGGAAGAGAAGACACCCAGAUGAGCUUGAAGAUGAUGGGGCGAAUGACGCCAACGAGAGCGAGGACGAGGAACAGCCGGAUCGCAAGAAGACAAAGAAAGAGGUCAUGGAAGAGGUGAUUGCCAAAUCCAAAUAUCACAAGUAUGAGCGGCAGAAGGCGAAAGAGGAUGACGAUGAUCUGCGUGAGGUGCUCGACAAAGGCAUGGACGACAUGCUAGCCCUGCUUCGCGGACACAAAGCUCCGCAAGCCCCGACUCGGCCACAGACGAAUACGCCAGCAUUAGAGCCAGCAACAAAUGGCGAGGGCCAUUUCAUGAAUCCCGACCGACAGAAGCUACUCGACGGCGCCGAUCGCCUGGAUGUUGACAAGGAGUACGAUGCUAGACUGAAGCAGCUAGCUCUCGAUGCCAAGGCGAAACCCAGUGACCGGACCAAGACAGAGGAAGAAAAGGCAAAAGAGGAGGCCGAGCGGCUGAGAGAGCUUGAAGACCGACGAUUGAAGCGGAUGCGUGGUGAGCAGGUUGAAGAGGCCGAGGCUGCGGAGAAUGAUGCAACCCAACUGAACGAAGAUGACGACUUUGUCGACGAAGCAGCCGAGUUUGGCUUUGCUGCCGCUAAUCCGUCAAAUAAAGACAAAGACGACAAGCCAGUCGUGCAUGAAGACGAGGACGACUUCGCGCUGGAUGAAGACUUGAUCGCCUCUGAUUCCGAGGCUGAAAUCACCGAUGAAACCGAUUCAGACUCGGAUGCUGAGGACGAAGAGUCCCGCGAAGCGGCCAGAGCACUUGAGGACGAAGAAGACGAGUUCGUCAAGGACAUCCUGGGCGAUGCUCCCAAACCUCAAGGCCAAGUUCAACCUUCGAAACUGGCCUAUGCUUAUCCGUGUCCUCGGUCACACGCUGAGUUGCUUGAUGUGAUCAAAGACACGGAGGCCACCGAAUUGCCGACGAUCAUUCAGCGCAUUCGCGCCCUACAUCAUCCCUCACUCAGCGCGACGAACAAGGAGGCGAUGGCUGAUUUUGCUGCCGCACUCGUGGAACAUUUGUCGUACAUGGGCAUACAUCAGCAGCCACUACCGAUUGCAGAGCAAGUCAUCCGCCACUUGCAUAGCUUAAGUCGAACUUAUCCGGAGGGCAUCGCAGGAGCGUUUAGAGCUCGAAUGAACGAUGCACACACGCGAAAGGAGCUAGAUGCCGGCGAUUGUGUGAUCCUGGCGGCCAUUGGAAGCAUCUACCCCACUAGUGAUCACUGGCACCAGGUUGUCACGCCCGCCAUGACUCUGAUGGCAAGAUGGCUUGGCAUGAAUGUCCCUGACGAUACUCCCAAACAGAAGAAAGGAGCGUUCCUGGUCGCUCUGUGUACAAAGUACCAGCAACGCAGCAAGAGGGUCGUCCCCGAAGCCUUGCGAUUCACCUUGCGGGCUCUAAACACAAAGACAGCCCAGGAUGUCGAAUGGACAAGACAACACAUCCGCAACCUCCUAGCCAUGGCCGAACUAUGGCGCGACACAAGCGCCUUUUCCGAGAUGUUCCAACCCGCCCUCGCCCCCAUCAAAAACCUCAACGCAAAGAAAGCCCACCACACCCUCCAAAUCCUCCUCCAACAAUCCCACCUCCACCGCCGCCCCCUCGAACUCCACCACCACCGCAAACUCCCCAUCCGCACCUCGAUCCCCAAAUUCGAAGAGGGCUUCCACCCCGACAAGCACUACGACCCCGACAAGGAUCGCGCGGACAGCAAGAAGCUGCAGAAGGAGUACAAGCGGGAGCGCAAGGGGGCGCUGCGCGAGCUGCGCAAGGAUGCGAAUUUCAUUGCGCGCGAGCAGUUGCGCGAGAAGAGGGAGCGGGAUGCGGAGUAUGAGAGGAAGUAUCGGCGGUUGGUGGCGGAGGUGCAGGGCGAGGCCGGGCAUGAUGCGAAGGUUUAUGAGAGGGAGAAGGCGGGGAGGAAGAGGAGGGGGUGA